AUGACGGUUCAUCAGAACCAAGAAAAGAGCGGCCUGCUCAACCUUCAAGAGGGCAUCCAGGUCCACGAUGGAAUCUCGGCUGACGGCGCAAAGGAACAGCAAGCCUCAUCGGGCUACCAGAAACGAGCCCAGGACCGAAGCACCAACCCAUCGCUUCUCAAGACCAAGGAGUUUUACUUGUACUACCUCGUCUUCAUCACUUUUAUUCCGUACAUGUUCAAGACCGCACACGAUGCCAGCGCAGAAUAUAACCCCAACUAUGAAAAGUUCAAGGAUCUACUCUCGGACGGCUGGUUCGGCUACAAAAUGGAUAACAGCGAUCAACAAUACGCAAACUUCCGUAACAACCUGCCAAUUCUCGCAGCCGUGAUAAGCAUCUAUCUCCCUCUUGGUCACCUCUACAAGCGCUUCUUGGUUCCAGUAACUCCCAUCAAGUCGCCUCACCAGCCUCUCUACCGCGCCUACUUUUUCGUCACCUUUUCGUUCAUCUACAUCUACUUCAUGCAUGGAAACAGUCUCCUCAAGAUUGGCGCGAUCGUCACUGUGAACUAUGCUAUCGCAAAACUGGGCGGAUCGUCUCGAUUAAUGCCGACUCUUACAUGGAUCUUCAACCUCGCCAUCCUGUUCUUGAACGAGACAUACCGCGGAUACAACUUUACGGAUUUCCACAGCUCCUUGGCAUGGUUGGACGACAACAGGGGUAUGAACAGUCGUUGGGAUGUAACAUUCAACUUCACAAUGCUCCGUCUUGUUUCCUUCAACCUGGACUACUACUGGUCCCUUAGACAGACCCGUGAGGAAAAGCAGAAAAUUGACCGCGAUCGCGCCCCUGCGACUGACAAGGAACGUGUCAGCACCCCUACCUUUGAAGAGGACUAUAACUUUAUCUACUAUCUUGCCUUUACGCUGUAUGCGCCUUUGUACGUCGCUGGACCCAUUAUGACCUUCAACGACUUUAUCUCUCAGCUGCGAUACCCCAAGGAGAUCAAAGCGAAGACGCUGGGCAUGUGGUUUGGUCGCCUCAUUUUCUGCUUGUUGACCAUGGAGUUUAUGAUGCACUACAUGCACUUGGUAGCUAUCAGCAAGCGUCAGGCAUGGGAUAACGAUCCCAUUCUCCAGAUCUGUAUGAUUGGUCUCUUCAACUUGGUUCUGAUCUGGCUCAAGCUAAUGAUUAUCUGGCGCUUCUUCCGAUUCUGGGCUCUGGCGGACGGCAUUGAGGCUCCGGAGAACAUGAUCCGCUGUGUCCUCAACAACUACUCGGCUCUUGGAUUCUGGCGCGGCUGGCACAAGAGUUACAACCUUUGGACUCUUCGCUACAUCUACAUCCCCCUAGGAGGCACGCGCUAUGCCAUCUACAACAUCUGGGUUGUCUUCACGUUUGUUGCCGUCUGGCACGAUAUCAACUUGAAGCUCUUGGCCUGGGCUUGGCUCAUCUCGUUCUUUGUCCUUCCAGAGAUUAUUGCAAGCAAGAUCUUUUCCAAGAAGAAGGCAAUUGGCUUCAGCUUGGGUCUCGAGAACACGACGAAGAUGCUUUUGGAUCUCUUUGGGUCGCUGUACGGAUGGACGGUCAUGUUCGGCUGUUUCUGCGCGAUCUUUGUCUGCGCGCAGAUACAGUUUGAGAUUCGCGAGGCCGAGAAGAGACGUGGAAUCUUCCUCAACUGUUAA